AUGCGCGGAGGAAGGAAAGAAAAGAAGGCGGAGAAAAUAUUUUCUUUUGCUUCCAUUCGAUUACGGCUUUAUGCGGAUUGCGGUCUCUCAAGACUCAUAAUCGAGGUCCCUCGCUCGUGGGAAACGAGUAUACGGCCCAUACGGUUGACGGUAUAUACUAUAAACGAGGAUUUAGAAUACCAUGGUAUUGGAUUCCUUCCACUCCCCUGUCUAAUGUCCGUAAAACACGGUAUUGGGUCUUGGGUCGCAGGAUUUCGGGGCAUCAGUAGCUUCGGUAUGGAGUCACUAAGGCGGAAUCAUAAGCCAUAUGUUCAGUACCUUCUCGCUCGUUCACAGCUCGCUCGACCACGUUGA